AUGAAGUAUGCAAUUAUUUCACAUAACAUUGAUUUUGUUACAUUCUUGAUGAAUGAGUACGAUAUGGAAAUGCAAUUAAAACAUUGUGGACGGUUUAAUAAUCUUGAAGCAUUUUUAGUUUAUUACGAUCAAACUAAUGAUAUAAACAAAUGUUUUUCUUAUGUAUCAUGGUUCAAUAUUCUAUCCCUUUGCGAAUAUUUCCUUUCACAUGGUGCAAACAUCAAUGCAGUAGAUACAAAUGAAGAAAUUGCACUUCACAAAGCAGCACAUAUCAAUAGCAAAGAAAUAGUCGAAUUUCUUAUUUCGCACGGCGCAAAUAUGAAUGAUAGAAAUGAAUAUUUUAACACCGCCAUUCAUUUUGCAGCACUGAAAAAUAGCAAAGAAACAGCCGAACUUCUUAUUUCACAUGGCAUGGAUGUCAAUGCAAUGAGUGGUCAUCAAAACACCCCUCUUCAUACCGCAGCAAUUAGAAAUAGCAAAGAAACAGCCGAACUUCUUAUUUCACAUGGCGCAGAUCUCAAUGCAAAAUCAGACACUGGACUCAUCGCUCUUCAUUUUGCAGCAUCGUGUAAUAGUAUAGAAACAGCCAAGCUUCUUAUUUCGCAUGGCGCAAAUAUCAAUGAAAAAAGUGUUUCUGGAAAAACUCCUCUUCAUCAUGCAGUGAUGUACAAUCAUAAAGAAAUGGCCGAACUUCUUAUUUCGCAUGGCGCAAAUAUCAAUGAAAAAAGUGUUAGUGGAGAAACCCUUCUUCAUUUUGCAGUGAGGUAUAAUCGUAAAGAAAUGGCCGAACUUCUUAUUUCGCAUGGCGCAAAUAUCAAUGAAUAA